UACCGUUUGCUGAGCCGUUUGGAACGCGAGCGCCGUGAGCGCCAUUGUGAAAAACGUGAAAAAUGAAUUUUCCACCCUGGGCAGUCGAUGCGCUUGGGACGCCCGAGCAUGUGCCGUCGCCUGUCAGCGUUUAACAAGUGUUUUUCCUUAAAAGUUUUCCCCCCCUCAACAAGCAUCUUGUAGGCGUGGGCCUAGCGGAAAUGAGAAAAUUUAAUUUUAACAAAUAUUAAUUGUCAUUCAGUGUCAAAUCGAAUUGGAAAACGUGUGUGGUUGUCUGUGUUUUUUGUGUAAUUUCGUAAAUAAUAAAUGAAAAUAAUAACUAUAUGUGACUUAAGUGUGUUAAAAACUAAACCAGUCAGAGAUUAAAAUAUUUUAUUAAAAAGAAAAUCCCAUCAAGUUCUUCAAGUUGAAAGCAUUUAAACUACAACAAAAAUACGAAAAUAAUUGCAACAAAGAAAACAACGAUUUGUUUAUUAAACGAAAAACGAAAGAAAAACACACGCAAAACGAAGAGGGGAAUAAAUGGAUUUAGAAAUAGAUGAUAAUUAAAAUAAACAGCAGAGAAAGCGAAGGAAUAAUUAAGAGAGGAAAAUAUGUUUAAUUUGCUGCAAAGAUCGCGUCGUGGAAAAGCGCAGAAGAUAGUCUUAGAUGAAGAGGAGGAGGAUACCGGACAGAUACCCAAGAGAUAUAGUAAGAUCGGAGAUAUAUCUGAUUCUCGAAGAGCUAAAGAGCAGCCGGAAAGAGCACGACGGGCAGUGAUCGAAGAGCUGGAGGACUUUGCCAGCGACUUUGACAACGACGACGAUGGCAACGGGAACGGCAAAGGCAACGACGGCGGCGACGACGAAGAGCGUUUAAAAUUAGCAAAAACAGCUGCUAAUGGCCGCUCCGACAAUUUGUAUAUAAAUAAAAUGGGCGGAGAUGCGAGGACGUGGACGUUUUCCUCGGGCGGUGAUCGAAAUGCGGCUACCAGCAGUCAAAACGAGGCAGCCAGCGCGAUCGCGAGCGUUGGUGGUCAACUAAUUGGCACUAUCGAGCCCCAAAUCGAUGGCCCAUUAACUAUAACACAUCGCCAUCGUAUCGAAAUCGAACCGCAAAAACGACAAUCUCUGCUCUCCAUUGGCAGUUUCAAGCUAACAAAUUCUAGCAAAGAAAGUCCAGACAACGAGAAAGAAAAAAAGAGGAAAACUCUGCAAAAGAGUCGCGAUUUUCUUAGCGACAUUUUCAUGGCGCGUGGUCGAAAUCAUCAGCGUCAAAAGCAGCAACAGCAACAGCAACAGCAACAGCAACAUGGCAAGCCAAAUAAAUCGAAUAAAAGUAAUGCCAAAGACGUAAUCGCCGCCACCACCACCACACACCUUGAAACGAACUCCGACCCCGCUCUGGCAUCCCCGACUACUUAUCAAAUGACUUUGGCUAAUAAUAGCCCAGAGAAUAGCGGCCAACGAAGAGCAACGAUCGAAGAGCAAAGUAAGCCAGCUGGAGUGCCAGAAGAGUGCGAAAGUUUUUCCGCAGAGAACGAGCAUUUUCCGACAGAGAUCGAGCCGGAAAAAGAGCCCACAACGACCAUGCGUUCGUCGUCGUUCAUUCAAGCGGCAAACGUUGAGCGGCCAACAGCAUUUGCCGAACAUCAGCAACAGGAGCAGCAGCAACAGCCGCCCGGCAAUGCAAUUGCUGACUCGCAGCAACAUCAAGCGCCAGCACAGCAGCAACAUCAACAUCAACAUCAUCAUCAGCAGCAGCAGCAACAUCAGCAAUUAAGUGACAUAACCAUGGGCCAAACCAGUGCCAAACCGAAUGAAAUCAGCUCGGCCCACAGUUCGCGUGCCAGUACGCCGCGUGAUUUUCGUGAGUCGGUCGUGAGUCAGCCGCAGGCCCCGCCCAGGCAUCAAAAGUCACCGGAAGUGCCAAAAAUCACUGUAGAAGAUUGUAGUUUUCCGGAGGAAUUAGCACCGAAAACACAGGAUAUAUACUACGAACUAAAUGAACCAGCUGAAGACUCUCUAAACAUCGAAGAACUCAACGAGGCGCAUAUAGAAACCCUGGAAGACGAGGUCUUUACAUCGGAUAUACCAGCAACUAUUUAUCAGAACAACAAUGGUCGUCCCUGGACACGCUUGAGUCAUGUCAAGUUGGAGAAUGUCCAGGAGGAGGCAGAGGAGGAAGAAGAUGAAGACCAGGAAAUGGAUGAUGUAGAUGAGGCAGUGGACUUGGACUAUGAACCACACAUAUCUAACAGUCAUUCAACGAAUGGCAACUCUCGACAAUCGGCCAGCAGCGAGCGGAGUGCCCUGAAAAGUGAUUCCAAUCUAAGUACCAGCUAUGCAGAUUCCGGAAUCGGGGAACAGGAGUUACCCGGGCAGCACCAGCACCAGCCGGAGCAUCAGCAACCGCCACAACCACCGCCACGCAGUUCAUCGCAUAUGGCAACCAACCAAAAUCUGAGCCACACCUCCUUUAUACGCGAUGGCAACUCCACCGACUGCGAGGAGACCUUUCUGCAGUGCGACGAACUCGACGACAUUGAGCGUUUCAGCGAGUUCAGCGAGCGUUUGGUAUGCAUCGAGAGUAUCAGUCUGCCGGAUGUGGUUGUAGAGUCAACGACCGCCAAUGCAACCACAUCAGGAACAACAUCAUCAUCAACAGCAGCAGCAGGAGGAGCGACAGCGACAGCGACAUCAAGAACAUCACCAUUGGCUACCACAAAUGGCGGCGAUUCGCAGAUCAACAUCAAUAUUCCCAAUGGUGCGGGGGGCAAUAGCCUGGGCAAUGUGCACUUCAUACCCAUCCAUGUCGAGGGACGCAGUCGCAGCAACAGUCCCAAACAGCGCAGCCGGGACGACAGUUGCAUUGGCCAGGAUAUGACGCCCUGCAUUGAGAUCAUCGAGGAUGGCAGUAUCCUCAAUAAGCCAGUGCGUCAGGAGAGCCCCUUUGACAAUCAGGAACUCAGAAAGGAACUGAAACAGCAGAAAGCAAGGUUUGCAAGCCAAUUGGAUGAGGCCCACAAAAAUGCCAGCCAGCUGGAGGCCAAGGUUGCUGAUAUGCAGUUCAAGAUCCAGAAAUUGGAACAGGAACUCUCCGUCAAGCAGUGGAAUGUGGAAAGGCUUCAAGGUGAACUGAAUGCCGCCCACAAGGACGAUGAGUAUGUCCGGAAAAAGCUAAAACUUUUAGAAGAUGAAAAAGUCCAUCUGAGGCACAAAUACAGCGAAAAUCAAGAUGAAUUCCAGAUCAAAUAUGACGAACUCGAAGCUCAGUAUAACGAACUAACCGAGAAGUACAAACUGACCCAGGGCCUGGCCAAAAGUCUGCAAACCCAAUUGGCCUGCGCCCAGGUCGAGGCUGAAGAAUGGCGUCAGCAGGUGGAGAAGAUCCGAGCGGAUCUCGAAGAGCAGAUAAGGAUAUUGAAAAACGCUCUAGAAAACUCGGAGGCCGAGAGAAAAAUCUGCGAAGACAAAUGGCAAAAGGAGUUCGAAAUGCUCAGGACACAUAAUCGAGAACGCGAGGAAUCUCUGAUGACGGACUGCGAGUGGCAGCUGCGGCAGAUGCAACGCCAGUGCAAGGACAAGAUGGACAAGUCGAACUACGAGAGGAAACAGGCUUCUGCCAAGGCCGAGGAACUGGAACUGGAGCUGCAGUCUCGAAGGAGGGAAUCCGAGAUGCUGCGCACCUGCCAGGCGCAGGUUAACUCCCUAAGGGGCGUGGUCAGCGAACAGGAGCAGUCCAUUCAAACCCUUAUGGAUCGCAUCGAGAACCUUAAGGGGGAUCUGCAAUCGGCCAAUGAGAACCUCGAAACACAGAUCGAGGCGGUGCACAAGAUCAAAUAUCAGUGUGAUAAUGCCAUCUAUGACAAGGAGCGUCAAAUGAUCUACAAAAUCGAUGAGGUGCGCAACGAGGCAGCCGCCUUCUGGGAAAACAAACUUUACACAGAGAUGACAAGACUGACUAAUGAACUGGAGUCCGUGUAUGUGGACGAGCGCCGGGAUGCGUUGGACAAACUGCAGAACGAGCACAUCGAGGAGCUAAGGGCCUUGACCAAUAGAUAUACCUCCAACGAGGAGGAACUGCGAGCCGAGAUUGAAGAUCUCCACGUGAGCCUGGAGCUGAAGAAACAGGAUUUUCUCAGUCUGCGCGAACGCUCGGACAAUGCCCUUCUCCAGACCCGAAUGCAUUUGGAUAAGGCCGAUCGGGAGUACCAGAAUGCCAUGUGCCGUGAGGAGGAUCGUCGCGUGGAGCUGGAGGAGAAGCUGAAGAAGGAAUUCGAAACGGAAAAGGCCGAGAUGGAGGAAAAGUUCCGCGAAAGACUGGGCCAAGUCAAGGAAGAGUUCGCCAAGGAGCUGCAGUUAUCCACGCAGGACAUGGUCGAUUCGCAUAGGAAGGAGCUGGACUCUCAAAAAGCCAAGUUGCAGUCAGAGAAGGACGAGGCGUUGCAGGAACUUGUGGAACGACAUCGCGCGAAAAUGGCCGCUGCCGAUGAACGAAUCAACAUGGAUCAGCAUUUAGGUCGAUCGACAAGCUCUCUGGCUCUGUGGGCUUUGGCCAAGGGGGCGUGGCCGUAUAUGCCAACACUAUAUGUGCUAUAUCUGACCAUGUCGCCGCUGAUCGCCAUUGCAUGCUUGGUGUUUAACAUAGUCGCUGUGCUAUAUAUCAAAUAUCGUCAUUUCUUAGCCGAUGUGGAACUUCGGCACCAGCGCAAUCUCAAGGACCUGAAGGCGGCCUACGAUGCCGAGAAGGCGGCGCUGGACAAGCGCGACAUCAGCAACGCCAACGAGAUCGAGCAGCUGCAUCGCAAGUGCCGCUGCCUGACCAAUCUCUUCGAGGAGAUGAGAAUGCGUUACGAAAGACGGGAUCCUCGGGCCGAGGAUCUGCGUGAGAUAUCCGAACUAAGAACGAGAUGCGAAAGUCAGGAGCGAGAUCUUUACGUACUAACCGAUCGCCUGAGGGAGAUGCAGAUCCAAAUGUCGGAGAUGCAACAAAAUGGUGAACAAAAAGGCAGUGGAAAGUCGGUAAAGAAACCGCCGCCCAAAUCGAUAGCCACCAGCUGUGACGUCAUAUACGAGGAAAACGAAGAGCGGGAAUCCCCAGAGCAGGAAAAUGGUGAAAAUUCCUCUCAAGGAGAUGAUGAUGAUGAGGAGGAGAUCGAACAGGAACCCAGCGAUACAGAGUCGAAUCACACGAUCGAGGUGAAUGGAAAAUCCGAUCGAAUCAAUGAAGAUGAUGCCCAUUUAAUCACCGCUGUGUGAUCCCAAAACUUCUUCUAUAUUUUCCAAAUUUGUGGCUGUAUUUUUCGAGAUCCCCGAGAAGUGGAUGUUCCAGGACCAAGGAUGUGUGAUCCCAAGAGCUUUGGCGCUCUCUCUGUGCUGCCUGUCUGUAUCGCAGGAUAUGGAAAUCGAACCAAUCAUCAAAAAAACAAAAAUCGCUCAAAGCUUGAACUCAUAAAAAUUGUAAAUGAAAUUUCUGAAUUUUGGUUUUUGAAACCGCAAAAAAA